AUGGCGUCAUUCUUCAAGGAAAUCAAGCCGCUCAUGAACUCGACCAUCGAGGCCUCACAGGCAAUCAACCGCACAGCACCCAUACUCGCCUGGACGCAAGUUCUCAUGAUUGUUCUAUUAACUGGCAUUUUUCUGGCUCUGUUUGGUCUGCUGGUCACCCUCAAUCCAGAUCUACAGGCCGAGCGACAAGAAUUCAUCACGCCCGCAGUACGCAUACUGCUCGAACAGGGCGUCGCGUUGGGGCGAUUGGUCGGGCGCGCGAGGGGGCAUGCAAGGCAGGCGGCUGAGGCUGUAUCUGCGUCACUUCCGGGACGUCACGUUGGAGCAAAGACCCCGUCUCCAUCUGACAGUGAAAAGUCGGGGAGCAAGAAGAGUGCAAAGAAAAAUUCUUGA